UGGGAUGAGAGAGGUGUCUGGGUUUGAAUAAUUGAAGUUUAUGAAAAUAGUCACAUUGAUGUUAGGCAAGAGCCUUCAGCAAACCACAGUUCCAUUUGUCACUGAUCAUGAAGACUGUCCGAGAAGAUCAUCAGAACCGAAACGCACCGCCUAAGCAGGGGUUGAAGAAUAAAAGAAGCAAUGUUGCGGCUCCUGACAGUCUUUCGAAGAUCAAGAAAAGAAUCCGAGAUUACAAGCGAUUGUUAAACAAGGGAGCUGGCAAUGCGAAAAUUAAAGUUCAAACGGAACGACGAUUGAGGGCUUUGGAAUAUGAACUGGGCGAGAAAAUGAUUGACGAGAGAGAACGCAAAAUGUCAAAAAAGUAUCACGGUGUCCGACACUUUGAGCGCAAAAAGGUUUUACGCAAACUGAGAAGCAAACUGGGUGAGUUGGAUGCUACGAAAGAUCCUGAGCAAAAGGCCGAGAUCGAGGCCGAGAUUCAGGAGUUGCAACUCGAUCAAAGAUACAUCGAUAAUUACCCAAUGACUUUACCAUAUGUGGCGUUAUUUCCCACUACCAACGCGGAUGAUCCGGAAUCGACCAAAAAACGCAAUGCCAUCCGCGAGAGAGUGAGACAGGCUUUAGAGAAUGAGGCGGGUGACUUUUCGGAUAUGCGCAAAGAGUACCGUAGCAAGUAUAGAAACAUACUCGUUAAGCAGGGCAGCAUACCCGAAGCCAAACCACUGGCGGAUGAAGAAGAAGAAGGCGCAGUGGUGGAUGAGGUUGAGGAACAAGCAAAUAGCGAUGAAGAUAUCAGGGAGGCAGAUGACUUUUUCGAGUAAAAGUCUUUUGCUAUGGCUUUAUUUUUAUUUUUUCCAUUCACUUUACACAUUCAUUUUUCUAUCCACAUCAUUUUCUAAACACGGCUCAUAUUUUUCUUGCUCAAUCUUUGCACAAUGGAUUUUUGUUUGAACUCUGACGAAACCGCACGGCAUUUACAAUACUUCCAACAAAGGAAUGGCAAUACCGAGCGGUAUGCGUACUUAAAAGGAUCAUGCGGUGUCCAAUAGAUCAACCCGAAUCGAGAAGGCGCCCAGUCACUUACCACUAUCAUCUCGCGUCUUGGGUUUGCUCAUUUCUUAUUACUUUUUCUUUGUCCAGCGUGCUCUAUGACAACCGUAAAAGCAUCCUUAUUUGACGUAUCACGACUCUAUAAAACUGUGGUCGACUUUGCCCAACCCCACGCCUUGACCAUACAAUUGAGAGACGACAUUUUUUUCUUGAUUGAAUACGAUACUGAUUUUUGG